AUGGAUGAAACAACUCCUCUUUUUGGUGAUGUACCCCCCGUGUAUGCCGACGAUGCUCAGUUGAGUAAGAGAACAAAAGCAUUGUUAUACUCUGUAACAACAUUCGUCGCCAUUGCAUCACUCUACCUCUUUGUUAUUUUCCUUCCCGGUUAUUACAUACCACAAGCAGAGAAGUUGAAAGAAAUAACCCGUAUUACUGAACUCGGUGCCUCGUUGAUACCAGUACCUCACAAAGGGGAAAUCGAAAGGCUUAUUAUGGUUGGUGAUAUACAUGGUCAUUAUACCGAGUUUGAAGAGUUACUCAACAAAGUUGAAUACAAUGCUGAAAAGGGGGAUCAUCUCUUAGUCUUGGGAGAUUUUAUUACUAAAGGUCCCGAUUCUCUUAAAGUAUUGGACUAUUUGAUAGAUCAUGAUGUUGAUUGCAUAAUGGGUAACCACGAGUUUUACGUUUUGCAAUUCUAUGCUACAUUCCAUCGAUUAGACCAACCAACAUUCUACUACAAUUUCAGCGAUUCCCAACCUCAAUUCCAGCUCAAGAAAAACAUUCAGAAUGACCCCGAGUUUAGAUUGGCGAGAAGGCUACAACCAGCACAUGUGAGGUAUAUAAAUAAUUGUUCAAUUAUUAAAAAACUUGGCCACGUACCGUUGAAGGGAAACAAGUUGGCACCGGGAGUCGCAGUCCAUGCAGGCUUAAGAUGGGACCUAUCGCUAGCUGAUCAAAAUCCAAUAGAUAAUAUAGAAAUGAGAGCAUUGAUGGCGCCUUAUUAUAAUGUAACUACUCCAGAUCCAGAUUUCCCCAAUUCAGAAAAAUGGCACAGGGUGUAUAAUGAACAACAAGGGAAGCCAUUUGCUAAUUUUGUUGUAUAUUACGGCCAUGCUGCUAGUCAGGGCUUGAAACUACGCAAGUAUACAAAGGGUUUAGAUUCUGCAUGCGACAAGGGUGGGAAAUUGAGUGCUAUGGUUAUAUCUAGAAGGAAAACAAGGGACAAUGAUGAGUAUGAAUUGAUGCAAGAGAUUGUUCAAGUCAAUUGUUGA